AUGCCUUCCGCCGCCUCCCACACCUAUGGCCCUAUCCUUAUUGGCGUGUCCUUCAACAUUCUCCUAUACGGCAUAAUGAUCACCCAGACAUACAUUUACUUCACCACCUUUAAACGAGACCGCACAUGGAUGAAGGCGCUGGUCGGCCUUCUUUUUCUCUGUGAUACCGUGAACAGCGCAUUCGACCUCACCUUUCUUUACAUCACGCUCAUCAACAACUUCGGCAAUGUUGCGGCGCUCACGACAGCAACUUGGGUUUUUGCCACAAGUCGGUAUUUGGAAACCCCAAUCACGGUGUGCCACCUCUGA